AGGGCUGGGGUGGGGGGGGUAGAAAGAAGAAGAAAAGAGAAAAUGAAGAAAUGAAAUAAAGUUAGAGAAAAUAAAGGAAAUAAUUAUAAAGGGCUGUGCAUGCUGGGGGCAAUGGGGGUAUUACACACAGUGGAGUGUUUCCCAUGUGGUAUUGGUGUGCUGGAUAUCCCUUCACUGGUAGCCUGGUAACAUACACUCCCAGGUCUUUCUCUGUGGUGGAUAGUGGAGUGUUUCCCAUGUGGUAUUGGUGUGCUGGAUAUCCCUUCACUGGUAGCCUGGUAACAUACACUCCCAGGUCUUUCUCAGCCUCUGUGGUGGAUAGUGGAGUGUUUCCCAUGUGGUAUUGGUGUGCUGGAUAUCCCUUCACUGGUAGCCUGGUAACAUACACUCCCAGGUCUUUCUCUGCCUCUGUGGUGGAUAGUGGAGUGUUUCCCAUGUGGUAUUGGUGUGCUGGAUAUCCCUUCACUGGUAGCCUGGUAACAUACACUCCCAGGUCUUUCUCUGUGGUGGAUAGUGGAGUGUUUCCCAUGUGGUAUUGGUGUGCUGGAUAUCCCUUCACUGGUAGCCUGGUAACAUACACUCCCAGGUCUUUCUCUGCCUCUGUGGUGGAUAGUGGAGUGUGUCCCAUGUGGUAUUGGUGUGCUGGAUAUCCCUUCACUGGUAGCCUGGUAACAUACACUCCCAGGUCUUUCUCUGUGGUGGAUAGUGGAGUGUUUCCCAUGUGGUAUUGGUGUGCUGGAUAUCCCUUCACUGGUAGCCUGGUAACAUACACUCCCAGGUCUUUCUCUGUGGUGGAUAGUGGAGUGUUUCCCAUGUGGUAUUGGUGUGCUGGAUAUCCCUUCACUGGUAGCCUGGUAACAUACACUCCCAGGUCUUUCUCUGCCUCUGUGGUGGAUAGUGGAGUGUUUCCCAUGUGGUAUUGGUGUGCUGGAUAUCCCUUCACUGGUAGCCUGGUAACAUACACUCCCAGGUCUUUCUCUGUGGUGGAUAGUGGAGUGUUUCCCAUGUGGUAUUGGUGUGCUGGAUAUCCCUUCACUGGUAGCCUGGUAACAUACACUCCCAUGUCUUUCUCUGCCUCUGUGGUGGAUAGUGGAGUGUUUCCCAUGUGGUAUUGGUGUGCUGGAUAUCCCUUCACUGGUAGCCUGGUAACAUACACUCCCAGGUCUUUCUCUGCCUCUAUGGUGGAUAGUGGAGUGUUUCCCAUGUGGUAUUGGUGUGCUGGAUAUCCCUUCACUGGUAGCCUGGUAACAUACACUCCCAGGUCUUUCUCUGCCUCUGUGGUGGAUAGUGGAGUGUUUCCCAUGUGGUAUUGGUGUGCUGGAUAUCCCCUCCCAAGGUGUAGGCAUUAACAUUUCUCUUCAUUGAAUUGUAGCAGCCACUUCUUGUUCCAUUCCUGUAGCUUGGUGAAGUCUGACUGUAGGAAAUCUGUAGUCAAUGGGUUAAGGAGCGCAUAUAUAUUGUGUUCGUUCCUGCAAACACUUAAUAAAAAGGAGAGAAAUGAAAUCCUCUGAAAAAUUUACGUUCAAGGUGGAGAGAUUAGAUAAACAAGGCUCAAUGACACUUAUGAAUGGCAUGUGACGUGGAGAGAGAGAGAGAGAGAGAGAGAGAGAGAAAUUUACAUAGAUUUACAUAGGUUCACAUAACUAUACCCAGACUCGAUCCAUAGAUAGACAGAUAGAUAGAUAGAUAGAGAGAGAGAGAGAUUGACAUAGAUUUACAUAGGUUCACAUAGCUACCCAGACUCGAUCCAUAGAUAGA